GUUAUUCACAACUGGAUAAUUCGAAUAGUCAACGAAGUCAACCAAACUCAUCAUCAAAUGUCAAUGUGUCGUCGUCAUCAUCAGGUACAAUUAAGCAACAAGGAAGCAAUACUCAAGAUGAUGGUAGUAAACAACUGACAAUAACACCAGCGUCUUCGGCAACUAACAUUAAUCCAAAUAAUAGUUAUUCAAAUCAAAAUAUUGGAACAAAGAAUGAACAAAAAAAUAUAUGCACAGUUAAGCCGACCCAACAAGUAGCACCAAAUAUCCAAGAUUCUGGAAAUGUUGUCGAUAUUCCAUUUCCAACGUUUGCACCACCACCUAUGCCUCAGCAGCAACAACAAAUAAUUCCAUCCAUCUCGUCGUCGCUUGCUCCACCACAAUCAAUGCAACAACAAACAAAUCAGCUUCAGCAACAACAUUAUGCUCCCUAUCCUUAUGAUAAUACACUAUUGCCACAGCAGUACAAUCAGAACAGAGUAAGUUUUUUGUUUCUUUCUAUUGCCAGAACCCAUUGUAGAAAAUCAAAUCAGCAGUGAAAGAAAAACAGCGAAGAAAAACCUUCUAACCGCAUUUAGGUGUGCCAUCAAUCUGUGUCGGAUCCGAUGAGCACGGAUUAUUCAAACACUCCUAAUGUUUUAGUAAGUCAUACGUGUACAUUGAUUAUGCUUAUGUAACUUUUUAUUUAUUGAACCAUUUCUGAUCGUGUUGACUGUGCUUCAAUAGUAGAUUAUAGUUGUAUUUGGAUUGAUGGUUCUACUAUCGAACUAUUUCAUUACCUUGUAUGCAUGGAAAACUUAUGUUAGGAACCCAAUAAAUUCAAGAUCCGUUCUACAUUUGCAUGCUGUUAUCCCCUUGGUUGUAUAUU